GAAUUUCCAGCUGCCUCACACCCCAGCAUGAACCACUGCUCACCCUGCAGCCGAGUCACCUUGAACCCGACCAAGUGUUGCUUUACAGCCAUCCUAUAAAUCUCAGAUGCUUCACUUCUGAGGGGAAGAGCUGGCGUGUCGACCUGCUUGCUUUCUGCCAUGUUUGUGCUGCACUUGGCCUCCGUCCUCGCGUCUCUGCUGUCCCUCAGCGCAGCAGCACCGACACAAGACGACUGCAGUCACCUGAUCCGACCUCUGACAGCAAACGAGCUUCCUCAGAUUUUGGGCAGGUGGAUUCUUAUUGGGGGGUUUUCCAAUAAUGAUAUUUUUGACUCCGUCUUGGAGAACUUGGAAAGCAUGUGGAUGUCGCUGAACACGACAGCAGAUAACAGCACCUUGCUGUUAGACACAGCAAACCCACUGCCGACCCGACACAACCAUAACGCAGCUCACCUGAACCCGCCCCCGCAUCGCCAAACAUCAGCUGACAGGAAGGGGAGAUUUGAAAAUGGGGAGACAACAAGUGACAUGCCGAGGAGGGAAGGAAUCAGACAUGGACCCCUGAUAAAGGGGAGAUGCCUCAGAGUUGCCCACAACGUCACCUUUGUCGAUGACCAAACCUUAGAGGUCCGCUUGGAAGUUGCCUCUACCAACUACAAGUUCCUGCAGACCUGCCAUGACUGUUUGCUCAUGCACGCCUACACCAAAGAAAACAGUUACCAAGCAUUGUACUUAUUUGGGAGGAAUAAGACUCUGGCAGCCACCGACUUGGAGACUUUCAGCCAGCAAGCUGCAUGCCUCCAGUUUCCCCAGCCGGCAAAGUUUCACUACGACCCCAACAAAGAGUUGUGUCCUGUGUAGAAGAGAAGAAGUCUGACUCAUCACGACAGGAGAACAUCCACUAACAGAACUCUAAAUUAGGACGACAGUUAUUAUUUUCAUGACUUCACUAUUGUCGAAUCUGUUGUUGUAUUCUUUUGUAAAAACAUUAAUUUGAAAAUUCAUUAAAGAGUAAAGCAAUAAAGACAAAUGGUGUUCAA